AAAGUAUUAGUUAUGGGAUAAUCCAAACACUUUCCAUAUAUAUUAUAACUAGGAUUUGAGGAGGAGUCGGUUAUAUUGUUUGAAUGUUGCAAUAAAUGGCCAUUAUCGCAAGGGAACUUCUAAAGAGACAAUAUAUAGAACUCACAAAGGAUCCAUGUUCAAUGUUUUCUGUUGGAUUGGAAGAUGAUGAUAUUUUCAAAUGGCGUGUAUGUUUUGAAGGACCUCCCGAGACACCCUAUGAAGGAGGGAUUUUCAGUGUUAUUUUGACGUUUCCCGAAGAUUUCCCAAAUAGUCCACCACAAAUGUUAUUCGAGCAAGAAAUGUGGCAUCCAAACAUAUAUCCAGAUGGGAAAGUUUGCAUUAGCAUAUUACAUCCUCCGGGUACCGAUCGUUACAACGAACAAGAGAAACCAGAAGAGCGUUGGAGGCCAAUUUUUGGUGUUGAAAGCAUUUUGAUAAGUGUUAUUUCUAUGCUAGGUGAGCCAAAUCUUGAAUCACCUGCAAAUGUUGAUGCCGGAAUCCACCUUAAAUCUAACCCUGCAGAUUAUCGCAAAAAAGUCCAGAGGCUGGCACGGAAGACACUGGAAUGAUUUUAAAAUUACAUUUUAAGUUAUAAUGCA